AUGGCCACCGAACGUCAGCUAGUUUGUCUCACUAUUCUGUCCUACAGAAGGGCUGAAAUUAGUGAACAAUCCUAUCGCGAUUACAUGCUAAACACGCACGCUCCUCUUGUUGGCAAACUACUUGAGAAAUACGGCGUUUUGCAAUGGACUAUGUCACACAAUACUAGCAUGACGCGGCCGAUGACUGACGCCCUUCACGACGAACAAUUCAUAUACACUGCCGACUAUCACAGCGUCGUGCAAUUUGUUCUUCCCGAUAUCGAAUGUUUUGCGAAAAUGCAGGAAGAUCCAUUCUACGUGGAUAAUAUCAAGCCCGACCAUGAGCGGUUUGCUGAUACGGAGAAGUCAAAAUUCAUGGUGGGAUAUUACACAAAGCUCAUGGAAGAUGGGCAAUUCCUGUGGCCAGUCGCUGGGUAG